AUGAUUGAAUCUUUGACCCUGAGUAGAGAGAAGAAAGAUCUCUUCGACAAUUUUACAAAGCUUGAAUACGAACUGUUCAACUUGGACAACAUCGAAGACUUGACUUACAUUCCUGGUGGUUAUGCUGGACUCUACCUAGCCGUAAAUAUGCGAAAUAAGCCGACGGAAUUUUUGCCAAAGCAAGUUGAUGAAAGACUUUUGGAAGCUCUCAUGAAUGUGGACAUCGAGAGAGGAACUCCUGCUAGCCAUAUUUUUGUGGUUGCAGCCUUCAAUCAUCAUUUUGAUCUUUUAACAAGCUCCUUUUGGGAUAAAUUUUCCAUCGACUGGAGCUAUACUAUUGGUCAGCAUACCGUAUUUAUGGCUCCAAACGAAUUUGUUCGCCGUAUUCUUGUCAACAAUCCGUAUUCAAAGGAAGAUAUUUACCAAUUGGUUCAUACAAUGGACGACACGUUUUGCUUUCUGAUAGAUCGAAUGCUCGAAACUGUUCCUCGCUCGCGGGUGUGCGAGAUAAUUUCGAAGCCAAAUCAUGUGGGACUCACAAGCGUAUUUUACGCUAGCAGGAUGUGCUAUCGUUUUACGAAAAUGCUCCUUGAUCGGUUACCUGAGCUCGAAUUUAAUCAAACUUGCUUCUUUGGAAACACUGUUGGACUUGUUUUUACGCCACUUAUUGGCCGUAUUCUUGAGAGAGGCAUGAAUCCCUUUAUCGUGCCAAAAUACCGCAGAGUAGUGGAAAACUUCAACUUCGAAAUUAAAAAGUCAAUGUUCGAAAAAUACCCAGAGCUGAAAGAUAUUCAAAUUUCGACGGAAAAGUAUUUCCUAUCGAGCCAAUACGAUCUUUUCAAGAAAGAAGUUCAUGAGCAAGCUGAUAUGAAGACGCUCGAACAAAAUUGGGUGACGGGUUAUGAUGAUAAUGAAUUGCCUCUAACAACGUUUUACUCUUCCUGGUACGAUAUUGAUGGCCCGGAACCGACGCAAAGGAUAAAGUCAAUGCGUUAUUUUCCUGGAAAACUUAUCAAGAAGACGGAAAAACUUGGGGAAGGAGGACAAGGUUCUGUUUUCAAAUGUCUCUGGCAUGGAAAACCUGCGGCGGCGAAGUAUAUCAAAAGCAAAGAUGUCGAAUUGGGAAAGUACAUCAUGAAUAGGGGAAGUCACUAA